AGCUGCUUCAUGUUAGAAGCCCAGAUGUCAGAAGGAGGGAUGUCUCUUUAACAAACCUGAGAGCAGAAGAGUGAAGGCUUUUCCCUUUUCCUGAGUUUAGUUUCAGUUCUUGUUCACUCACACAAUGUGAUCGCUCUUCUUUGUCCUUUUGAGUUGAUUGUAUCAUGAGCAGAGAUAAUGGAGCCAAUGAACUCCACUGAGUCUGCAGACAUUCAGUCACAACGUGCUGUCCCACUGUCUCCCUCUGUUUAUGCUCCUCCCACACUGAGGGAUGGUGAGUGUUACCAUGUCUUCAUUAGCUACAGCAGCACAGACUACCAGUGGACCCACCCCCUCAUCAACCAGCUGGAGUCCUGCGGCCUGCAGGUCUGCUACCAUGAGCGUGACUUCACUCCGGGCCGCACCGUGCUGGAAAACAUGUCCGACUGCAUCCAGGAGAGUCAGAAGGUCCUGCUGGUUCUCAGCCCAGAGUUCGUGAGGAGUCGCUGGUGUCUCCUGGAGGCCAACAUGUCUUUGUUCAGAGACUGCCUGGAGAGGAAGCCCAUCGUCCCAGUGCUGCUGGAGCCAGGAGUCUCUGUUCCGCUCCACCUCUGCCACCUCACCUACCUGGAGGCCACUGACCACGACUUUAUGAAUAAGCUGCUCAAGGUGCUCUGCACCCCUAACAAGCAACUUCAAGGGUCCACUGUGGUGCCCUUCCAGCCUCCCUCUAUCUACAAUGGGAAGGCCCUGCAGCCUUUGAUUGCUGCCAACGAUGAGCGACUCUGUAAAUGGGAUUCGGGUCAGUUCAGUGACAUGGAGGUGCCCGACCAACUGCGCCUGGUCAUUGAGGACCAUGACAAGUACAGAGAGGCUGUGAGGAUGAUCAACAGUGUCUCUCAAAAUAAAGUGUGGCUGCGCCCAAUGUGGGUUAGAGUACUGAUCUACAUAAUUGGUGUAAUAAUUGUUUUAAGCUUGUUAGCAUUUUCCAUGUAUAUGACAGUUUUGGUCUAUAAGAUAUGUAUAAUUCCAAGUUGUAUCCCUACUGGAGUCUUAGUGUUCAUUAUUUGUAGUCUGUUUUGUGUUCCAAUUGGGUUGCUCAUUCAUAUUGGUCUCUGGAAAAAUGAUGAUGAGAAGUACAUAGUGAGGGAGAUGCAGACAGCUAUAGGCCAGGCAAACAAACUUCUCUCUGAGGAGAAGGUGUUAAUGGGCUGUCAGUCCAAUUCAAAAAUCUAUCUGGUGUAUGUUUCUCUGGACGGUUGCAAACGUGAGUUUGCAGGAACAUUUUCUGAGCAGGACGCUGCUGAAGAAAUGUUUGAAAGAGCUCUGAUCUUCUUCUCAUCAGGUUACGCCUGCUGCCUUGCUAAAAGACACUUUCCCUUUCCCCAGCCAAGCUCCACUGGUCACCUAGAGGGAGGGGUGUGUUUCUGCCAGUAUGUCUCCCAGCAGCUGAGUACAAACCACUGGGAAUAACAGUAUGGACCUGGAAUGGAUAUCCAACUUAUGAGUCAAUCAGAUGAGAUUCAACUUAUAAACAACACAGCCAUUUUCUAAAGAUUGCAAAGCAGUUAUUUCCAUAUUCAUGAUUUUUCCCCCCCUUCAAAUUAUAAAAUGUGCAACAUUGCUUUAACUGUUGGUGUCAAAAAAUGUUAAGUUUUAAUGCCAGAUCAGCUGUUUGUUGUAGCUCAAACUUCCUUCCUGUUAACAUUUCAGGAUUUAUUAAAGUGUUAGAGUGUUUGUCCUGGUAUGCCUGCUUUAUCCCGUCAGGACAGAGAACUCCAGAAAGAGGUGCUCCUGUCUGUAUAUGUACAUGGACAGCAUAUAAUGGCAUCCAGUUACACUCAGUCGAAUGUAUCUUUCGACCCCUCAGACUGAAUGACAUUCUGCAUGACAGAAGCAUCUCCUGCUGUUAGUCCACAUGUUUUUCCCCACAUCAAGUUGAGACACGACACAGACAGGAAGAAAAGGACAUCUGCAUUUUGACAUUUCAAAUAGAUAUACUUUUGUGUUUUAGUGCUUAAUCAAUUUCAUGCCAAUUUAAUUGUUCAUUACUUCAAUAAAAUGUGUGACU